AUGGGAGACGGUAAGAAAUCCAGCCCCGGUUUCUGGUCGGUGGUGGGGUCUUGGUUUGCUUGCUUUCGUCGCCCAGCUAAGGCCAAGGCGGCGAGCGCCGGCGGCCGGACCACCACGUAUGAAUAUGGUCCAGCCGACGGGAUGGUGGCGGCGGCCAGACAUUUCUCCAGUGCUCACAAAAUAAACUUUGGAUGA